AUGGAGACCCUGCGCGCAUGUGCGCGGUACCGCACACGACAUGCUGCCCACUACCUACGGGACAUUCACCUACUGUAUGAAAGCUCAGGUUUCGGGGCUGCUAUUUGCAGGCUGGCACAGUCUCUUCCGCCCCCUCCGUCGCGCCUGCUAUACGCUCCACCUUUGUGGACCCUCGAGCUGCCUCCGACGGACCUGCAUAUUCCCGACAUGUCCCGGAAAAACGACACUCCUGUCCUCGCUGCGCGCCAGUUUGCUCUUGACCAUUUGAACUCUGUCCACGGUCAGCGUAAAGGAAUUUUCACAGAUGGCUCGGUUGUGUGCGGCGCGUCGUCUGCAGCUUUCUACAUACCUCACAGCGAUACUACGCAGACUUUCAAGCUGCUGCAUGAAACUUCAUCCACCGAAGCGGAACUGACAGCCAUCUAUGAAGCGCUCAACGCCAUAUCCGAAACUUUUCAUCCAUCCACAUUCAUCCUUGUGUUGGCAUUCAUCAGCCUCACGCACACGAAAGAAUCGACCAAAAAGCCCCCCAAAGUUGCCAGAGAAGCGGCUAUUCUCACUAACAACCUCGCCCUCUCCCUGUUCCGGCGGAUCGCAAAAGCUGACGACAACAUCCUCGUGUCCCCGUACAGUAUCAGCACGGCUUUCGCCAUGGUCUACCUCGGCACACGAGGUGCGACGUCGACGGAAGUCCGAAAGUUUUUCCAACUGGAGAACCUUCACCUCCAGAACAGCCAUAUUCACGACGGCUUCCGAAAGUUGUCUCACCACUUGGAAAACUGCACGUCGCUAAAAACCGCCAACGUCCUCCUCAGUCAGGAGACUUAUCCAGUUAUUCCUUUCUUUACAUUCAGCCUGAAGGAGUUCUACAAUGCUUACGUUCAAAGAACGCUGUUUGAAAGCGACUCAGCUGCUGUAACUAACUGGGUGAACGCGUGGGUACGCUGGAAGACUGGCGAUGGCGUCCAGAAGGUCCUGCAUCGACCACCAGACUCCGACACGAGCCUUAUGCUGCUCAACGCCAUCUACUUCCGGGACAAAUGGGCGGAUGUCUCAACACAAAAAGCGGGCUAUCAUCCAGCGCUGCAAUCUGACGUCACGCAGUUCAAGUACAGAUCCGGAAACCUCAGUUUCUACAUGAUCGCUCCACGAAACCCAGAUCAUCUUGAACAAGUAGAAGAGUCGUUAAGUUUUGCAACACUAGAAGACAUCGACGCUUACCUCACAGUGAAUGGAAGUGAUGUCGGUGUUCCAAAGUUCCGCAUUGAAGAACAGUACGAUCUGAAGAGUGCCUUUAUGUCAAUGGGACUUCGGUCAGUGUUUGCGCCGUUCCGUUCGGAUAUGACGGGAAUAAGCAACUUGAACGAUCUGUACCUUUCGAAAGUGCUUCACAGAGUCGUCAUGGAGGUCGGGCCACGUGGUACGGAGGCAUUAGCGCUGACAUUUGACGACGCCGAAGCUGAUUACGCGGCUGGCCGUGCGGAGGCACAUCGACCAUUCGUAUUCUUCGUGAGGGACCAGCCUUCGGGCGUUGUUCUUUUUCUGGGAAGCGUCCGAAAACUGACAAGUCUUUAAAUCACGUUGGCGCGGGUCACGUGCGGAGCCGCAAGUGGAGUACUGCUGUGUGUCUUGGUUACAGGUAGCGGUGGUGGAUUUGGAGGCCCGCCUUUGUUAUCGGCAUGUUAUUGUGGUAAUUAGACAUAUUCAGUCGAUCGCACGCUAUCGUUUUACGUAAUGGUAACUUUAGUUACACGUAAAAUGUGUCGACUUAGUGUGGCGACAUGCUGCGAAUAAUUCCGACCAUCUGAAGCUCUUUGGACGUGCGCCGGAAAUCUCCGAUACACGGUGCUGGAAAUACACGGUAGGUUUUACGUACGCUACGCGUUCAGCGUCAGAAUGAGCGAAAAUACGCUUUAGUGAUAGCGCACUUCGUCCGCAAACUCUUUCCACAAACGCUAUCGACGCUAGUGUCGCCAAGCGGUCGUCUGUAACCAAACGGUUACAGGCAACCGGACAGCUGGAAUGUAAUAACA